AUGGCUUACCGUAACAUCCACAAGUGGUCAGAAAUUGACGCAGACACCCCCAUUGUUUGGAAUCUCAAGUGGGUUGUAUGCUGCCAUCACUACAUUCGACUUGAACACCCUUCUUACCUGGGUCUGACCUUUUGUAUGGCCAUUGGAUGGAAACAUGGGGAGAAUACUCCAGAAGCACUGAGCAUCACUGGAGCCGAUGACUCAGUGACCUACACUAUACAUGCCAGAAAUCACAACCUGUUGGAAAGUCAAGGUUGUAAACCUCUUGGAAAUAUAGUCAAGGACAAGAAGAAACUUCUUUGUCCAUCCAAUCAAGUCAAGCUGAGAUUGCUACACACUACUUCACCAAAGUGUAUGUUGAAUGGAACCUCAAUUGAUUUCUUAUCUAAGGAGCAGCCAACUGUUGAGACUGCUACUUAUGAUUCUGAGCCUGUAGCCACUCAAACCUGUGCCAAACAGAUCAUGGAUCUCCAACAAACCUUGAGGUACCUUGGUGUGUCGAUCAGAGGUCAAAGCUACAUGUCUGGUGACAAUGAAUCUGUCAUGAACAGUUCUUCCCUACCUGAAGCGAAGCUACACAAUCAAGAUGUUGCAUUGUCAUUCCACCGUGUGAGAGAAGCAGUAGCAGCUAACAUGCUAUCUAUUAUCCACAUUGACAGUGCUCUCAACCCAGCUGAUAUUCUCAGCAAACAUUGGGGUGAUCAGCAAAUCUGGACACUACUACUGACUCUAAUGUUCUGGUCUGGGGAUACUGCUGAACGAGAGGACUAG